UCCCAGCUCGCGCCGAAUUAUUAGACACAAGCCCGGACAUUCGCCACGAGUCAGUCCUCGAUUACUUUGCUCGGCCCGCCUUUUCGCUCGGCCGACUGAGCUUCAAGCGACCAGCAGUAGCUUUUUCAUUAUGUUCAAUCUCAAGACGCGCGACCAUUUACGUCGCAUUGAAACCGGAAAAAUUACCAGCACAGCAAACGGCAACGGCAGUACCAGCUUUGCUGGCUUCGGCGACAUGGACGGCGAGCGACGGCCCCUCCUGGGCCACCAGGCUACCUCUACCUUGCACGCAGAACCCGGCUUCUGGCGCCAUCUGCUUAUCCACGCCGAGAGCACUCCCGGCAUUGACAGCCCGAAUCCCUUUGUCCGCUGGCCGGCGCAGGUGUGGAACGUGACCAAGAUCACUCUGUUUAGCUCAUGGAUCAACCUCCUUCUAGUCUUUGUGCCCUUGGGCAUCGUCGCGGGCGAGUUGAAGUGGAGCGCGCCCUGGGUUUUCACCCUCAACUUCUUUGCCAUCAUCCCGCUGGCCGCCGUCCUCUCGUUCGCGACAGAGGAGAUCGCAGGCCGGCUGGGCGAGACGCUCGGAGGAUUGGUGAAUGCCACCUUUGGAAAUGCCGUGGAACUCAUUGUCAGCAUUGUUGCGUUGCGCGCCGGAGAGAUCGAGGUCGUGCAAUCGUCCAUGCUCGGCUCCAUCCUGUCCAACCUGCUGCUCGUCCUCGGCAUGUGUUUCUUCCUGGGCGGCGUUUACAACAUGCGUGGCCGGGAUGGCCACGGCCAGGAACAGAGCUUCUCCACCGCCACCGCUCAGACGACGUGCUCGCUCAUGACCCUCGCCUCGGCCUCGAUGAUACUCCCGGCCGCCCUGUACGGCAUUCUCAGCCAAGCGGAGGAACGUAACAAGCAGGCCAGCAUCCUGGUUCUCUCUCGCGGCACCUCCAUCAUCCUACUGUUCCUCUACUGUCUCUAUCUUUACUUCGCCCUACGCACGCACAAGAAGCUCUUUGAACCCGAGGCCAACGAGAUUACUGGCGACGACAGCGAGGAGGAACACCAGCCUUUGUUGGGGCCCUGGGCGGCGGCCCUCGUCCUGGUCGUAACGACGCUCAUCAUUUCGGUGUGCGCCGACUACAUGGUGGACAGCAUUGACGCCCUAGUGGCGACGGGCAAGAUCAGCAAGACCUUCAUCGGCCUCAUCCUGAUCCCCAUCGUCGGCAACGCGGCGGAGCACGUUACCGCAUGCGUGGUGGCCGUCAAGGACAAGAUGGAUCUGGCCAUGGGCGUAGCCAUCGGGUCGAGCAUCCAGAUCGCCCUUCUUGUCACGCCUGCUCUGGUCAUGCUCGGCUGGGCGAUUGGCCAGCCCAUGACGCUUCACUUUGAGACGUUCGAAACCGUCGCUUUUGCGCUCUCUGUCCUCGUCGUGACCUACACCGUCCAAGACGGCAAGUCUAAUUACCUGGAGGGUGCCAUGCUCCUCGGUCUCUACAUCAUCAUCGCUUUGGCCUUCUGGGUCAGUCCAACAGAUGCUCUCGGCAAAAUCUAACGUUGAGGCUGGUAGUAGAUUCACUCCAUCUAUCAACAUCACUAUCCCACCCGGGAAUUUCCUUUGACAUCUCUUUUACAUUUUUUUUCUGGCACAAUAGUACGGCGGGCCGUGAAUCUAUGCUCUUGACUAUAAUUUGGACAAGAGACAUGUCAUGCCCGUCAAAGAAAGAGGCAGAUUGGUUGGAAGCGGGGCGGGACGAGCAAAGGGUGUGUGGGUAACUGGCACAGGUUCUGUACGAUACGUGGCGAGGCUAUCUAUUUGCGGACCAGCAGUGGAGUUACGGGUCUUGUACGGAUUAUCUCUGGCUUUGUUUUGCUAGGUAAUUGGUGAGAAAUUGGUAUUGCAGUCUACAUGCAACGACUACGGAUGC